CAAUAGCCAAUAGGAUAGCACUUAGUGUACACCACAUGGAAAGUUUGAAUGUUGUGUAAGAUGGUUAGUCUUUCUUAGGUAAACGAAAGGCAACUGGUGAAUUAUUACGAAUAUGCAAAGGCGAAGAAAUCGGGGGCUUGAAUUAGGGGUAGUACUACUGCUCUCUGAAAUGAUGAAUGUUGGCUUUCGUCAAAUUCCUACAGUCACGUUGUGCACAAUAGUAGGGCAGGUCCUGUUAUAUUUGGGGAUUAUACAGGUCCCAUGGGAAAAGUGGGAAAUUUGUAUCAGUGCAGAGACUAUCUUAAAACAUCGUGACUACAAGCGUCUAUUUUUCUCAACUUUUGAACAUGGAGAUGAUAUGCAUCUCUACUACAAUAUGAUUUCUUUCAUGGUGAAAGGCCGGUCACUGGAACGCCGCUAUGGAAGUACAAAUUUUGGCUUUCUCCUCCUCAUGAUAUCAGUUUUAACUAGUGUGAUCUAUGUUGGCCUUGGUUACACGUUGACCGAAGUUCUGCACAAUUCAUAUUACAUGAGAUCAUGUGCAAUUGGAUUUUCAGGAGUUAUAUUUGCACUGAAGGUGCUAACAAGCUAUGAAACUCCACCAGGCAGAGAAUUUAUAGGCUUUCUGUGGGUUCCUACACGCUAUGCUGCUUGGUUUGAAUUGAUACUUAUCCAUUUGCUUGUUCCAAAUACUUCUUUCAUUGGCCAUUUUGCUGGGAUUUUGGCAGGGCUCAUCUACAUAAGCACACCAAUUGGUUCAAUUAUGGAUGGAUUCAUCUCAUCACUAACAGGGGAACCAAUAAUACAUUACAGAAAUUAUUAUUGAUACAUAACAGAAACUGCCUUUCAUCUGUCCACCAUGAGAAGCAGAAAUAAUUAAAGAACUUUAUAUUUUUUAUAUGUGUUCUAGCUAAGUAUUUAAAUUUAAAACACCAGGAUGUACAAAUUAGGAACUACUUGUGAACAUGGCCUGCCAGGCACACUGUAAUAGCAUAUGAAGUUUGUUUGAUGCCUCA